AUGGGUAAGAGCGCAUCAACAACACGACAGGCCAGCCUCGUGCCGGCGCGCGGUGCCUGUGUGCGUGACCGGCGUCGCGCGGCAACCAUUGUCGCUACGGGUAACGAGGCAGGAAAAAUGCUGUUCCAAUAUUUACUUCUGGUGUUGCUCGUUUUGGUAAUUGUUCAAUUGAAAAAAAUCCGAAAGAAUUUCAUGGAUGUGCACAGACUGAUUAAAGUGAGCUCCCCAGACAUACCGGUGAUUGGACACAGCUAUAAGUUUAUUGGAACUAACGAAGAUAUAGCCGAUCCUGUAUCAGCAACUGUAGUAUUAAAGAGCUGUUUAGACAAAAGGCCCAUUUCAUUAUUAGCGCGUCAUCUUGUUGGUAACGGAUCCGUGUUUGGAGAUGAAGAAAUAUGGCGACUUCGUCGAAAAAUCUUCAUGCCGAUAUUCGCUCCAAAGUAUUAUGAAGAAUUUGUACACGUGUUUGAACGAAACAAUAAGAUAAUGAUCGAAGAGCUGGCUUCCGUUGUUAACAAAGGAGACUUCUCAAUAUGGGGAUACUUCAGUUCCUACGCAUUUGACUCUGCUCUUGAAAUGACUUUCGGUGAAAAUAUAAAUGCCCAGAAGAAUGGGAGCCACCCUUUUCUUGAAGCAUUUCAAGAUUAUUUUAAGAACGUCGCGGCGCGUAUCUGCCAGCCUUGGCUGUACAGCAACGCGGUGUACAGCCUGCUGCCAGUGGCCGCCCGCCAGAGCAGCAACAAGAAAAUCAUUUGGGAUUACGUUGAAACCUUAAUCCAUAAAAAGAAAACCGCGUUUAAUAAAGAGAAGCUCCAAGAUGAAGCAAACAAUUACGGCGAGCGGGAGCAGAGAACGUUUCUGGAGCUGCUGGUGGAGUCGUCGCGCGGCGCGGGCGGCUACUCCGCCGCGGAGCUGCGCGAGGAGACGCUGGUGCUGGCGCUGGCGGCCGCCGACACCAGCGCCGCCGCCGCCUGCUUUGCGGCCGUGCUGCUGGCGCACUGCCCGCGCGCGCAGCGGCGGUUGCGCCAAGAAGUAGAAGAACUGUUGGGGGAUUCAAAAAGAUCAGUGUCAGUAGGCGAUUUAGCACAACUGAAAUACUUAGACGCUGUCGUGAAAGAGUUUCUUCGUCUUUACCCCCCCGUGCCGGUCACAGUAAGACAAUGCAAUACAGAUUUACAACUACCUUCUGGCAUAACCCUGCCAGAAGGUUGCCAAGUCAUCUGUAACAUCUGGGGCAUACACCGCAACCCCCACUGCUGGGGCGCGGACGCGGACGAGUUCCGGCCGGAGCGCUUCUUGUCCGCGACGCCGCAGCAGCUGGCCGCGUUCAUGCCGUUCAGCCAUGGACCUCGGAAUUGCGCUGGCGCGCGGCUGGCCAUGGCGUCACUAAAGCUCUCCGUGGCGGAGCUGACGCGGCGCUACCAGCUCGCGCCGGCGGCGAGCUACGAGUACAGCAAGCUGAAGCCUUUGAGAGUUACUUUUGACAUUGUGUUGAAACACGUACAUAACUUUGAAGUACAGUUGCAGAAUCGAUGUUGA